AUGUCUCCUGGAAAUGGUUCUUUUGUGACUGAAUUCAUUCUGUUGAGUUUAACAGACCAACCAGAUCUUCAACUUCCUUUGUUCUUCCUGUUUCUAGUAAUGUAUAUAGUCACUGUGCUGGGAAAUUUGGGAUUGAUAAUCCUAAUUGUGCUAAAUUCACACCUACACACCCCUAUGUACUUUUUCCUCUUUAAUUUCUCCUUUGUAGACUUCUGUUCUUCUUCAGUAUUUACACCAAAAAUGCUAGUGGAUUUCUUAUCAAAGAAUAAUAUUAUUUUGUACAUGGAGUGCAUGACACAGCUUUAUUUUUUCUGUUUUUUUGCUAUUUCUGAAUGCUAUGUGCUGACAUCCAUGGCCUAUGAUCGCUAUGUGGCCAUAUGUAACCCACUGUUAUAUAACAUUGCUAUGUCCCCUAAAGUGUGUUCCAGCCUUAUACUUGGUUCCUACUUGAUGGCAUUUUCUGGUGCUAUGGCUCACACUGGAUGCAUGCUGAGACUGACCUUCUGUGAUGCAAACAUAAUCAACCAUUAUUUCUGUGACAUCCUUCCUCUGCUCCAGCUCUCCUGCACAAGUACUUAUGUCAACAAGAUGGUAGUUUUCAUUGUGUCAGGCAUCAGUGUCGUUGUGCCCAGUCUCACUAUCUCUGUCACUUAUGGUUUCAUCCUUUCCAACAUACUCCGCAUCAGUUCCACGGGAGGCAGGUCCAAGGCCUUCAGCACCUGCAGUUCUCACAUAAUUGCUGUUUCUAUGUUCUUUGGAUCAGGGGCAUUUAUGUAUCUCAAUCCAUCGUCUUCUGGGUCUAUGGACCAGGGAAAGAUCUCUUCUGUCUUUUAUACCAAUGUGGUUCCCAUGAUGAACCCCUUCAUCUACAGUUUGAGGAACAAAGAUGUUAAACUUGCCUUGAGAAAAAUCCUGAGGAGGAGAAAGUUUUGA